AAAUCAUCACAGUAGAGAGAGAGAAGAGAGGGAAAGAAGAGAGAGAAAGAGGAGAGAGAGAGAGAGAAGACAGAGACCAUGGCCUCCGCCGUCGUUUGCAAGGGCGAGGGUGCCGCGCCAGCGGCCAGCCUCCUCAAGUCCGGUGCUCCCGUGGCCUUCUCCACGCUCCACUCCCCCGCCGUCGCCGCCGCCCGCCGCCCGUACAACACCCGGGUCAAGGAGGUCAGCCGCUACGACGACGACAAGGACGACGACCGCGACCUCGUCAUCCCCAGCUUCUUCUCGCAGGACGUGCUCGACCCGCUCGGUGCGCAGACCAGCAUGGCCCGUCUGCUGUCUCUGAUGGAGGACGUCGCAUCUCAGACUGGCGGCCUCUCCUCCACUGCUGGUGCUGGGGCGUCACGGCUCGGACGCUGGGUGGCCGAGGAUGACGACGCGGUGUACCUCAAGGUGCCGAUGCCGGGGCUGACCAAGGAGCACGUGGAGGUGCGCGCGGACAAGAACAUUCUGGUGAUCAAGGGCGAGGGCGAGAAGCAGCCCUGGGACGGCGACGACGACUCCGCGGUGCCGAGGUACAACCGCCGCAUCGAGAUGCCCUCUGCUGACGCGUACAAGAUGGACAAGAUCAAGGCCGAGAUGAAGAAUGGCGUGCUCAUAGUUGCCAUGUUUCCGGUACGGUGGGAACGAGGAACGGGAACAUGGGACGAGAGUCGGUGGCUGAAAAAAAUAGGGUACAACGAGGGUAUACAUCUCUCGAACGAAUUUUUUAUAGCGGGGACGCGAUCCAAUCCGUUUGGGUACGAUGAACCCAGUACGGUACUAUGGGUCGAGGAACGCAGUUCCUGAAGAACGACGACUCCCUGACGGUCAGCAUUCCUUAUUGUUAAUGAAUCCCUUGCAAUUA